AUGAUGAGUUCCGACGGCACGCUGGGUGACGAGAGGGAGGCAGAGAGCAUAACUCCCAUCCAAGAGAAGAUGCCUGGCAGUAUCAGCAGCGGUUCUACCAAGUCACUGUCGUCGUUGUAUAGAGUUGCUCUGGAAGACCAACGUGCCAAACUCCAAGAACCUGAUGCGCCUCCCGAGAAGAUACGCCCGCCGAUAGCACCCCAAGGCAACCUCAUCCUCGUCGUCGGGCCCUCGCAGGUGGAAAUCCGCGUCCACGCCCUCAUCCUCUCCAACGCCUCCCCCGUCUUCGCCUCCAUGCUCGAGCGGGCCCGGUACGGCGAGGGCGUCGCCCUCCAGCACGCCACGCCCUCGGACCCGGCCCGCAUCCCCUUGCCGGACGACGACCCUGCCGCCAUGGAGACCGUCUGCCGCAUCGUCCACGGCAGGGUCCUCGACGCCACCGGGUCGUCGCCUAGCGUUCUCGACGCAUCACCCGCUCACGUGCUCGCCGUCGCAGUGUUGGCUGACAAGUAUGACUGCGCCCCGGCGCUGGCGCUGGCCGCCGAGCACUGGUUGCGGCCCGAGACGAUGGAGGACGUCGCGCGGUGGGGCCACAUCUGCCCCAAGCGGCGGGAUCUCCUCGUCGCUGCCUACUGGCUAAAGCACGAAAAGGGGUUCGAGGCCGGGUCGAGAAGGUUGCUGGCCGAGGUCUCCGGAAGCUUCCGGCCGUUGGCAGAAGGUCGACAGAGCUUGGACGAGAACAUCGCCUUGCGAGUCGCCCUCGCCCUGGAAGAGAGACGGAACGAGCUCCGCGUCUCCCUCUACACCUCGCUGAUGCAGCCCAUCAUCAACCCGGCGCCCUGCCGGUGCUCCCGUCCCAAACGACGAUGGUGGCGCCCGAGCUCCUACCGCGUCCCCCCGGCCGAGGUCGUCAACGCCGUCAUCCGCGGCAUCGACCGCGACGUCAUGUCGCGCGGGAUGCGCUACAUGUCCAUCAACGAGGCCAUCCGGCGCGCCGAAGAGAUCCCCGCGGGUGUCGUCAAGAACCGCACCGGCCGGUCCGCCGCCGACAUCGACUGGACUUACCCGCACGGCGUCCGGGCCAACGGCGUCUGGCGGCCCUGGCACAAGGGCCUCAUGUGGCACCGCGCCGAGGAGUUCCGCGAGAAGGAGCUGAGCGGGGGCGUCUGCCUGCGCUGCCUGCACCCGCAGAUGCGGUGCGAGGAGCCGAGGCACAACGAGGGGAGGCUGCAGGAGAUUUGGGAAUGGCUCACGCCCGGUGCCAAGACGUGGCUGCUGCGUGCCGACGAUGGUGCUGGCAAGCUUCCCGAGUGGUAG